AAAAAGAUAAAAUUAUUUUCUUAUAUAAAUUUUUCUUGUGCACAAUAUAAUUAGAUAUAUAGUUUUAUAUUUAUAUUACGAUUAUUGCAAACUGUCAUAAUACGCAGUAAUAAUUACGAUAGUAUUUUGCUGUUGCAAGAAUUGUACAAGAUAUUACAUUUAAAAUUAAUUACGCGGAUUAAUUUGCUUUCUUGAUUAUAGAAAUAUUAAGGACCUAAAUACUUUGGAAUAUAUUUCUCACACACAUAAGAAGCUAAGAAGUAUAGACAUUACCAGAUACAGCAAUUUCAAUAAUGAGAAAUUGAGAAUUAAGGAAAUAUUAAGUUUACGAGGCAUUUGAAUGUUAUGCAUAUAUACAUAAUAUCAGUCAUAGCGUAACGGAAUACCAUCAAAUCUCAUGGACUCUACGCAAGGCACUCAGCGUGGCGUUAAGCCAAAUCAAAUCCAUGUCUUUAUCAGCGAUCGGCGAUUCACGCGGCGGUAUCGUUUGCGCUCGCCAAGUGAAAGCAAGCUGUGAUCGUGAGGGCCUCCACGACACGAUCCCAGGAUCCGUACAGUCAGUCCGACGUGAGCUGGGAGCUGGCAUGCCGAGUGCCGUGCACCGCGAGUUGUCAGCGAGUCGAGCAUCUCCAAAUCAAGUCCAGGGAUAAUUACGUUCCGCACGAUUUGAUUCCGCGAGAUUUGUGUGUCCGCGUAGGAUGAGAUCAAACUGAACGCAAUGACAUCGAGAUUCUUUGUAUUUGUCGCGGCUCUAGCGUAUGUUGCAGUGUCCGCCGCGCAAGUUUACAAGAGCUACCCGGAGGAUGCAGCUGCAGCGAUCGAACCAGCGCCUACGAAUAAUGACUUCAUCACGCAGACCGUUUACGGCUUCCUGGACUUCACCACGACGAUCGGUAACACGGUGAUGGUCUUCAGCCCUCAAAGCGCUCCUCCAGAAGGAGAUGUCGCGAAGAAGACCACGUCCUCCGCGCCGGCGAUUCACACGAAGCCGGCGACGGAGCAGAAAAAGAAUGUUCCCGACAUCCAGCCCAGCAAAACUCACAAGGUCAACGAUCAGGGUGGCGAGACGAAGAAACAACUGAAGGGCACGAAAAUCGUCGUGAAUUCCGUGGUUGAACAGAACGUGGUGAACCCGUCCGAGAAUACCGCACUGAAGUCGACAAAGAGUCAGGAACCAAGUAAACAAACGAAAACGCCUGCAUUGUCGUCGGUGGUUCAGGUACGUGCCAAAGAUGAAACUCCAGUCGUGAAGAAUAAUCUUGCCGAACCGGAAUAUGAUUUUCUCUCGAAGCAGCCGACGGAAGUGAUCGACGAAACAUACAAGCUGAUCAACCUGCAACCCUCGUCGAAGACUCAUCACAAGCCGCGUGCCACCCCGCGAAGAGACAAGGAGAAUCCAACCGGCCUGGUGACCAAGCUGGGCGGUACCAUUGUGAAAGACGGGCUCACCACUGUGCAUGAGACCAGUGUGAUUGGAACCUACAUCAAUGGCAAAUACGCCCAGGUGUUACAGAGCUCGUCAAGGAUCUUAACGACACCGUUCGCGCCGGUGGAAGGUAAGAUUCGGCCCUCCAGCACCAACCGCGUUCUGAAGACCAUCAGUCCACAGCAUGGCAAGCUCAAGCCUCAGCUGGAACCUACCCCUACUCAUCAGCAACAGGAGGAAUCUUCAUUGCCACUAGAAGCUCUCUUCAACGAACCCUCCGGCACUCCAGUGCGAACGACGCGAAGACACUCGAUCCCCAAUAAUCCAUCCAGGCUUAAAUUCCGAAACAAGAUCGCCGAUGAAUACGAUAACACCGAACCACAGCAAACGAGAAUCGGAAAGAAUCGCUCCAGUACAACGCGACCAAAUUAUAAAAAUCGCCUCACGACCACCACCACUGAGGCGCCCAUCACUCGUCGUCGCAGCGGUUUCCGGCCAAACAAUCAGUCUACUAAUUCGCCUUCUAAGCAAUUAACGAAAUUGAAGAACAACGACCAGCAGCCGUCGACAACAGUCACCCUUCUGCCCAAGGUGAAGCUACCGAGGACACAAGGUCGCUGGUCAUACAAGACCACGCCGAAGCCGAGAAUUAUGAUUCGUAAGCAGGUGGACGAGCAGGAGGAUUUCCGAACGUCAACCACCGAGCCAAGUACAACGGAGUCAUCUCCGAUCUUUGAUGAGCAAAUUAAGCUGGCAGCGCCAACAAUCAACGUUGCCUCGGUCCCAUCCAGUGGCACCAAUGUUGCCCAGAGGAAAGAGCUGUCCUUGACGGAAGACGAGUUGGAUCCUAGUGAAAGCGAGGAUGUGGCCAGCGUUAGCGUGCAACAGGAUCAACAGCAGCAUCCUGAAGAACAGAUCCUGCCAGUGGAAACGCUUAACGUGGAGAUCUCUACUGCAGCGGAUCUCGAUAAUAUAUACUUUGAAAUCGCCACUAUUAAGUCACCCUAUUCCUUCCAGGUAGGAACACUGCGAAAUACCCGCUACAUCACGGUGACCUCCACCAUCAAGAAAACGUUUGCUACAGCCGAGCCGAGUAGUUCAAUUUCGCCCACUGAACCGCUUACAGAAAACAUCCUAGCAAACACUGGAGCUGCUUACGAGUCAACAUUGCCACUCGACUCAUCCGUCGCGACACUGCCGGCAAUCUCCCUAGACGCUGCUCAAGCGACGCCACCGUUGGAAACGCUAACGGAAACGUUCUCGACAACGCAAACUUUGCUGAAAACGCAUAUGCUGCCGGUGAUCUACGCCGGCAACAGCACAACUCGGCUGACUUUGGUGCAAACGUAUAACAUUGCCCGAGUAGUGACGGCGACAAAAACGCUGCCGCCAAUGGAGAUCUAUCAGUUUAUUCCGAGUAAGACACUGAAUGAGUUCAACACAAAGCUCGACGAAGCCGGCAGCGAAUUGCACCUUGAGCUCGACUUUGGCGAUGACGAUCGCGAUGAGGAGGACAUUCCCAAGAGGGUGGUAGUGCCCAACAACGACCCCGAUGUCGACCUGGACAUCUUUAAACCGGCGUCGCCGUCCAAGGUCAAGAACGACAUCGCGACCAGCAGCAAUGCCGAGUCUCAAUUGACUUCGGAGCAGGCUCAACAACUGGCUCUAUUGAAAUACUUCGGUCAGCCGCAACCCCAGGUCAUCACUACCUCCAGACCGGUAGUCAAGUUGGAGACGUUAUACGAAUCGCAUGUGAUUCCAGUGGUGAAUUUGGGGAAUACCAUCUACUCAACGCUAACCAGGCCAGUUGGCACCGUGUCCAGGACGUCCUACGAGUACGGCACGUCCACCCUGAGUCCGGUGCUGCAGCCGCAGGUACCGCAGGUGCCGCUGUACCCGCAGCAGCCACAAUUUACGGUGACAAGCGCGCCCGUGAUUACCCAGACCUUCGCCACUGUGUCCGAUUCGCGGGUGCUGAAGCUCACCUUCGGCGCCAAAACCGCCUACACUACUCUCUUCUCUACAAAGGUCGUGCCUACCGAACUUACUACCUAUAUCACCAAUACGGUACCAGUGCAACCGACGGUACCAGCGUAUCCCGGUUAUUACCCAGCACCGGUGCCCUAUGCACCCUUUCCCUUCGUCGGUUAGAUCUUGAUCCAACUUUCGACUCCUUCAAACCCUUCGCGAUCUAUUUCAAUUGCGAUCAAUCGCCAGGUUGAUUCAUUUUCUUCCUAAACUUAAUUAAUUUUUAUAAUUAUAGAUAUAAGAAAAAAAGCUUUACACAGCUUUUUAAACUCUACGAGCAGUACGAUCCUAAACAUAAAAGGUUUUAUUCAUUUAAUGGCUUUUUCGUGGAUUUUCUCUGCUAAUCCUUUUGAUAAAAGUACAUUAUAAUCACACAUCUGUUUACAUUGGUUGUCGUUGCAAAAAUUGCACAUUGGACAUUUAAUAAGUAAUGGCCAUAAUUCUAAUUUGUUAUAAAUUGAAUAUAUACUUGCACAAAAUUUCGAACAAAAAAACAUUUUAAAUGAAAAAAAGUAUUUUUAAAAUAAAUUCUAUAUUAAUUUAUUUGUGUUUAAAGAAAUAAAAAAUAAGAAUCAAUGACAGUGCUGCAAAUCUACAAUGUUUCUCAAUAGUUCUUCAAUUUUAUGUAAUUGCAAUUCUAUAACGAAUAAACUAAUACACAUUACUGCAAGUUGAACAUAAAGAACCAUAAAUUACCAUAAUUUGCAUGAUGCAGGCGAACAAAAUUACAUAUUUGUAACGUCAAAUUAUUCAACACUGCAAAACGUUGACGAUGAUCGCAAUUGAACGGCAUUAUUGUAAAUAAAUUAUUGACUAUAAUAUAUAUGUAUUGUAUAUCGUAUAUUGUAUAUGUAUGCCGCGUAUUUUGUAAAUAAAUGAGACAAAAACG